UACAGUAGGGUUCAACAAGAAACGGAGCGUAUAUUAGGUUCUCUAUUCUUCAACCGGUCUCUGUUUGUUCAUCACUUCCCUCCUCUCUUCAGGAGGGUUUGAUUUUUCAUCCUCACCAUUCUCCAUCACUUUCUCGCAAAAUUCCACUCACAAUCGUUACCUUCUCUUUCGCAUUCUCGCUUCAAUACCAUUUCGUUUUCGCUACGAAAAACCAUCGAAGUGCUGAAUUUAGGGUUUCUUUCCAUUUUUUCACCGGUUAACCGUAUUUGUUUGCGAUCGAGAUGGGGAGCAUAGAUCGUUCCGAUGUCAGGACGUUCAAGGCCAAUUUCACCGCCGAGGGAGUGACGGUUCUGAGGGAAAAAUUGAACGAGAAACUGAAGGAGUUGAUGGGGAAUUACACUGACGAAACACUCGUGGAUUAUGUUAUUGUGUUACUGAGGAAUGGUAGGGGCAAAGAUCAUGCAAAGAAUAAGUUGAAUGUUUUUUUGGGGGAGGACAGUGAUUCUUUUGUAUCCUGGCUGUGGGAUCAUUUGGCUUUGAAUAUAGAUUUAUAUGUAGAAUCUAUAGGAUUGCAGGAUGAAGCUCCCAAAAGCAAGCUUAUAUCAAAGGUCCAAGCCGGAGAUGAUGGUUUUCAGAAUUUGAAUUCAAAAUCAGAAAGAGUAAAGUCUAGAAGUCGCCGUAACAGAGAUUGGAAAGGGUUAGUGUGUAGAGAAGCUGAAGCACCACCCCUGCAGAGCUUUGUGGUUGACUGUAUGCAUUUAGACAAAAAAGUCCAAUCUAAAGUUAACCGUGCUCCAAGGCCACGGCCACCAUCUCCUGCACCACCUGUUCAAAGGAAAAGAGGUUGUGCUUUUGAAGAGCAGAAGACUAAGCUUACCAAGUACCUUUGGCAGAGGGAUUCGGUUUCACAAGUAACUGUUGAUGCUCCUCGACGGCUGCUUCAGUUUGCAGUGCGAGAUGCAGUGGCUACUUCCAGGCCAUCUAAUUUGGGCUCAUCAGUGGAGCCCUCUUUAAAGCGUCUCCGUUCUGUAGUUUCUUCAUCCUCUGUUGAGUCAUCUAUGGUUGAACAUCCUCACAGGAUGCAGACUAUUUCCAGAGUGGCAAACCCCAUGGCGACAUUGUUUAAGGCCGUGGAAGAAGCUGCUGAAGAUGUUGUAAAGUUACAACCCUCAAGAAGUGUAUUUGAUCGGAUUGGUUGUGACAUGUACCCAUCAUAUGGUAACUUGCAACUUGAAGAUAACCAAUAUCAGGAGCAAAGCCCAUUACUGUAUCAUAAAGAAAAAGACUAUGGUGAUCAGUAUGCUGCAAAUAUGACAAUGUUGGAACAUGAAACUGGGUUUUCUUCCAAUUCUUCUUCAGACAAUGAAGGGUUUGAUGAUGUUAAUUUCACAGAUAAUAGGGUGGGUAGAGUUUCUCAGUUGAGUUCUUCUGGUGGAAAGAGGGGCGAGGAUUCACUGAUGGUGCACUAUAAUGUAGCAAAAAAUGACAACAAUAGAAUGCUUCUAAAAAAGAAUAGAAACCAGGAGCAAUCUGCUGCUGCACCCAACACUUCCAAGAUAGUGAAUAUUUCUGUUAAUGUAAAUGCUUGGAAUCCACCAGUUCCAGCUCAAUACCAGAAACCAAGAGAGGUUGCAGAAUUAUCUGGUUAUAAAACUUUAAACAGUGGAAUUGGAGCUCCAAGAUCUGGCCUGAGAAUGGUGAAUGAGAAUGCUAAAACGCUGAAAGUUGACAAUGGAAAAGUGAAACCUACUUUGAAUUUGCUGAAAGAGACUCAGAAGGCACAGCCAUCAACUCCCGGCACCGGUUCAAGUGCCGCCAGUUGUCCGUUAUUUGAUGCUGAUUCUCGAACCAUUUUUGCCAGCAAUGUUCAUUUUGCUGCUACCAAAGAUGCCAUAUGUCGGCAUUUUAAUAAAUUUGGGGAAGUACUAAAAGCUGUUAUAGUUACUGAUUCAAUAACAGGGCAGCCAAAAGGUGCAGUUUAUGUGGAGUUCAUGCAUAAAGAAGCAGCAGAUAAUGCAUUAUCAUUGGAUGGGACUUCCUUCAUGUCACGUAUUCUUAAGGUUGUGAGGAAAAGUACUGCACAACAUCAAGAUUAUGCUCCAGCUGUACCAUGUCUUCGCGGAGUUAAGAGACCUCCAUAUCCUUCUGCAAGUUUUCUCAGAUCUCCCAUUCCAACAGGCAUUGCUGGGGCAUUUAGACCUAGGCCCCCAAUUAAAUUUGGUGCCAGGAGCUUGCAAUGGAAGCGGGGUGUCCAAGGCGGAGGCACGUCAUCAGACAAUGGUGCAACUUUAAAUAACAGUAGUAUUUCUGCACCUGUUUCUCGAGGUCUCACGUAUGUCAGAGCAGAAUCUAAGCUAAAUGGUAGCGUGAGUACCAGGUAGUUUAGUUCUUCAAAAAAUAGUCACUGACUAACGUUUUUUCAUCUCUGGUUGUUGAAGCCAAGGAUGAUAAGGACACGAACUUUGUUAGAAUGAAGAUGGAAUUGUUGGGAUUAUGACAUACUGUAGAAGAGAAGUUUCUCGGUGUUGAUUCUGACAUGGUCUUUUUUGUCGCUGGAUAGUCUUGUGUUAAGUUGUAAGUAUUGCUAGGGAAAGAAAAAUUGGAGGGAAAAAGGAGAAAGGUUACACUACUCGUAUUAUUGCUUCAUUCAACUUCAUUGUGUACAUAUAUACUUUAGUCUUUCUAUGGUUCCAGUUUGUCCUUGCUGGUGUUACUACA